GCGGGCGGCGGGGGCCGCAGCGGCCGCGGCGGGGGAGGAGGCGGCGGCGGCGGCGCGGGGCCGCCCGGAGCUGUAGCGGCGCCAUGGAGCGGCCCGGGCGUGGCGGAGGGGGCUGGGCCGCGGGGCAGGGCCGGCAGCAGGCCCGGGAGCACUGCCCAGGGGUGAACAACCGUCCCUACGUGUGCGAGAGCGGGCACUGCUGCGGCGAGAGCGGCUGCUGCACAUACUACUACGAGCUGUGGUGGUUCUGGCUGCUCUGGACCAUCCUGAUCCUGCUGAGCUGCUGCUGCGCGUACCGGCACCGCCGCGCCAAACUGCGGCUGCAGCAGCAGCAGCGCCAGCGCGAGAUCAACCUCAUCGCCUACCACGGUGCCUGCGCCUACCCCGCCUCCAUGAUGGACCUCAGAAUGCUGGCCUUGCUGAAGCUGCCGGCCUACGAGGAGGUGGCCCAGCGCCCCAGCUCGCCGCCGCCGCCGUACAGCACCAUCCUGGCGGGUGCCCGCGCCGCCUCCGGCAGCUUCUCCGCCUCUGGCAGCUCCGGCAGCUCCAGCAGCUGCUCCUGCGGCUCCAGCUGUGCCAGCUCGCCCAGCAGCUCCUCGCUCUCGGCGCAGGCGACGGAGGAGACGGAGCACAGCCGGGACAGCUCGCCCAGCCCGGAGCGCGGCAGCACCGGCACCAGCGCCAGCUGGGAGCUGCCCCCCGCCGCCCCCCCACACAAGCCCCCGCUCUUCUCCACUGCCGUGGGAUUCUGCGAAGCCGACGGCUGCGAUGCCGAGAACGGCAGCACCGAGGCACGGCGGGAAAGCGACGGCGAGCGCUUCCGGCACCGGCGCCUGACGGGGGACUCGGGAAUCGAGGUGGGACGCUGCCAGGAGGAGGAGGAGGAUGGGGAAGGCUCCCAACUCCUGGGAAAAGCCGGCCCUGCGCCCCGGCCCCACGGCGAGGGGCCCGCGCUGCCUGUCUGAACCCACAGUGGGGCCGGACUCUGCCUGCGGAGCGUCCCGCUGCGGCACAGCCGUGCUCCAGGGCGGCCCCGCGCCCUCCGAACUGCUGCCGGGGUGGCGGGGCUGGGGGCUCACGGAGCGACCCCUCCCCAUUCGAGAUGUGGAACCAGCUCCACGCUCCGCAGGGAGGCCCUUCCGCGCCCAGGGGACCGCGGAGCGACCCCCCC